UGAAAAGUGGGUUUAACUGCAGUAAUUUCUCAUGCGUAUUCUGCAUUGCCAUGUGGAAGAGACGAGUGCCAUAAAAGAAAAGUUGGAACUCUGUUUAUGAAGAAGAAAACAGAAAGUGCGAGUCAUGGUUCUAUGCAUCUUUUUCUUCGUAAUUCUCAACUUUCCUUUCUGGCUUUCCUCUGCUCUCAAGUCGUCUGAAGGACCUAAUACAUGGUGGAACAAUAAUUCAUUAACUGACAAAAUCAAGUAUGGAGAUGGUUCCUUCGCGAGGUUAAUCUUAAAGGCGAACAGGUCCGAUCCGGACGUACCAGGAUUCGCAUGCGGAUUUAUCCGCACUGGCACCUGUGAUUCCUAUUUUCUUGCAGUCAUUUUUCUCAACGGUGGUGCAACCGAUCCGCAAGGAGGCUUUCCAGGCCUAGUUUGGUUAGCCAACAGAGACAAACCCAUAAGAGAGAAUGGGAUGUUGUAUCUGAAGACCGAUGGAGAUUUGGUCCUGCAAGAUUCGGAUGGCAAAAAGGUUUGGUCUACUGACACGUUCGGGAAGUCCAUUGCUGGCAUUAGACUUCAAGAAAAUGGAAAUCUUCAGCUUUACGGUAUCGGCUACACGGUUUGGGAGUCGUUUGAUUAUCCGACCGACACAUUACUCCCUGGUCAGAAGUUAUAUGAGGACCGUCGGCUUACUGCCAGCUCCUCAGCUAAGAAUUGGAGCAGUGGGCAGUACUACGCUGAGAUGACUUCUACUGGUUUCGCUGCGUUUGUCCAAUUGGAUGCACCGUCGAUGUAUGUUCAGCUGAUGCCGGAUCCAAUUCCGGGACAACAGUACGACCGGGCGUGUUUAAAAUCUUUAUCUUGCAGGCACGACUCACCUUCUUCUCGAAAAAGACCAACAAUCUAUGCAGCACUCAAUGGCACACACCUUGUCCUUACCAUGGGAGAAAGCAACGGUAGUUAUCGGGUAUACCCUGACUCUGCCGUUAGAUCCUAUCAGUACCUGAGGCUGGAUUUUGAUGGCCAUUUGAGGACUUACCAGUGGCAGAAAAACGAUGUUUUCCGUGAGGUUUAUGAUUUUGUAGUUCAACGUUGGGAUGCCUGCCAGUAUCCUCAAAACUGCGGUGAUUAUGAAGUUUGCAGCGGAGGAGGCAAUUGCAGUUGUCUAAAGGCGGUAGACGGGUUGGAUUACUUCAAGCGAAACAGAGAACCAUUGCCAAAACAGGGAUGCUCUGAAAUCACUCCCUUGUCUUGCCAGAGUCCAUUAGAUCAUCACGAUCUUGUGGAUUUUGGAAACCUUUCCUACUUCAACUUCAUUGAUUCAGGUGCUGCCGUUCAGAAAUUGAAAGAUCUAGAAGGAUGCAAACAGGCAUGUUUGAAAAACUGCACUUGCAAAGCUGCUUUCUUUAAGUAUGGCAGCAACACUUCUGAUGGAGAUUGCUAUUUGCCAUCCAAGAUCUUGUCGUUGCGAGCAAACCCAAUACCAGGUGUCAACAAUUCCAAUUCAUCUGCAUUCAUCAAGAUUCAACGCCCUUACUUAGCACCGACUCCUCGGCAUGUAGCUGCAAUAAUAUCAGGGUCGGUAGCAUUGCUAGUUGUUUUUAUUCUAUCUGCUAUCUGUAUUGUGAUUUCAAGGAAGAAAAUGAAGAAGAAAGAGGGGGAGGAUGAAGGGGAAUAUUUCAAACAAGUACUGGGAAUGCCCCGGAAAUUUUCUUAUGAAGACCUGCGCAUUGCAACGGACGAUUUCAGGGUAAAGCUUGGAGAAGGAGGAUUUGGAUCUGUGUUUAAAGGGAUUCUGGAAGAUGACACCAAAAUUGCGGUGAAACAAUUGGAAAAAAUAGGGCAAGGAAUGAAGGAGUUCUUGGCGGAGGUUGAAACAAUAGGCAACAUUCACCAUUUCAAUCUUGUGCAGUUCAUUGGCUUUUGUGCGGAGAGAUCUCACCGACUACUAGUUUACGAAUACAUGAGCAAUGGGUCCUUGGAUCACUGGAUAUUCAGUGAAAAUAAGAAUCAAGUUCUAGAUUGGCAGACCCGAAAGAAGAUUAUACUCGAUAUAGCAAAAGGGUUGGCUUAUCUUCAUGAAGAAUGUCGGCAACGAAUCGUUCAUUUGGAUAUCAAGCCUCAGAACAUUCUCUUGGACGACAAUUUGAAUGCCAAAAUUUCAGAUUUUGGUUUGUCGAAGCUGAUGGAUAGAGAUCAGAGCCAAGUGCAGACGACAAUGAGAGGAACUCCAGGAUAUCUAGCGCCGGAAUGGCAGCAGCUUAGAAUUACGUUGAAAGUAGACAUCUAUAGUUUCGGUAUCGUCCUUCUUGAAAUUGUUUGUGGAAGGAAGAACUUGGAUAGUUCUCGUUCAGAACCAAGCAAGCAUCUGCUUAGGUUGUUGCAGGAGAAGGCCAAAGAGAACCGUCUGAUUGAUAUCAUUGAUGGGUCAAGUGCAGAUAUGGAAUUGCAUAGAGAAGAAGCCAUGAAGAUGAUUAAUCUCGCAGCAUGGUGCUUGCAGGAUGAUCAUACAAGAAGGCCUCUGAUGUCUAUGGUGGUGAAGGUCCUAGAGGGAGUAAUGGAAGUAGAGCCAGAGAUCAGUUAUAGAUUUUCCAAUGCCAUGGCAUGUAAUCUUACUACUAGGGCUGAUUUUCACAUCUCGUCGGAUCCACCGCAGGCGUCAGUGCUCUCAGGGCCUAGGUAAUGGAAGCUUAUGGUUGUGUAAGGUUAUGAACAUAGGCAGGUCCAGGUACAUGUUUGAUUCCCGUCUGUUGGUGUUUGUUGCAAACCAUGAGUUAAAAGUUACCG